AUGACGGCGUCCUCACUUGAUAACCAAUUGAACUACGUCCAUGCCGCGUUCGACGAGGAGAACGACGGGCUUCUCCCUAUUUCUCUCCAGGAUCUCACUAAUAAGCAUAAAGAGGCCAGCACCUCCAAGAACUCUACCUUUGCACCGAAAAACACCAGUCUCCCGAGUUCCACCAAGUCUGCCAGUUUGCUCAAGGUAGACAGACCGGCGUUUUUCGUAUUGGUGCUCCUCUACUUGCUCCAGGGUGUGCCUGUAGGUUUGGCAUUUGGCUCUAUACCGUUUAUCCUCAAGCUGAAAUUGUCGUACUCACAAGUUGGAAUCUUUUCGCUAGCAGCAUAUCCAUACUCACUCAAGUUGAUAUGGUCCCCUAUCGUUGAUGCCGUGUAUUCGCCCAAACUCGGUCGUAGACGUUCGUGGAUCAUCCCUAUCCAGACGAUUUCAGGUGUAACCUUGAUCUACUUAGGACUGUUGAUCGAUGGCUUGAUGGAAGAUCCCCAGAACUGCUUGCCUACUAUAACUUUUUGUUUCUUCAUGCUAGUUUUCUUCUGUGCCACUCAAGAUAUCGCCGUCGACGGCUGGGCACUCACCUGCUUGUCACCAGAGAGCCUUUCGUAUGCUUCCACGGCUCAGACUAUUGGAAUCAAUACGGGCUACUUCUCGUCCUUCACGAUUUUCUUGGCUCUCAGUUCGCCUGAUUUCGCUAACAGAUACCUCAGAAAGGUACCUUUAGAUGUAGGCUUGUUUUCCUUGGGGCUGUAUUUGACUUUCUGGGGGUGGAUGUUUUUGGCAGUGACAGCUUUGCUCUGGUUUGUACCUGAAGAUCCUCCUCAUUUGGCUAAGAGAAACCAGGCCAAGUUGUCCAACGAAAAGAUUAAGACCGAGUCUGUCUAUAAUAAAGACAGUAAGUUCAAGGACUUACAAAACGUCUACUUGGCGAUGUUCAAGGUGUUGAAAUUGCCCAACGUCCAGACAUUUGUCAUUAUCUUAUUGAUUUCCAAGUUUGGAUUCCAAGUAAAUGAAGCUGCUACAAACUUGAAAUUACUUGAAAAGGGAUUGUCUAAAGAAGAUCUCUCCAUCACUGUUUUGAUCGAUUUCCCCUUCGAAAUGGUCUUUGGCUAUUAUGCUGGCCGUUGGUCUACUGGAAAGUCUCCUUUAAAGCCGUGGAUCUUUGGCUUUGCUGGAAGAUUGGUAGCAGCAGCUUUGGCUCAGGGUAUUGUGUACUUCUUUCCUGAAGACGGUAAAAUAAGCUCUUUCUACUUUCUUUUGGUGAUUUUGCAGCACUUGUUAGGUUCGUUUAUGUCGACUAUCCAAUUUGUUUCACUCUGUGCCUUCCACACCAAGAUUGCAGAUCCAGCUAUCGGUGGAACCUACAUGACUACGUUGAAUACGUUGUCUAACUACGGUGGAACUUGGCCCAGAUUAAUCUUGCUAUAUUUGAUUGACAAACUCACCAUCGAAGAAUGUAAAGUUCCUUCUGUCACAAACUCCUAUUACAUCACAGACGAAGAUUUGAGACAACAGUGUAAAUCGUCGGGCGGAAAAUUGACUGUUUUGCGCGAUGGCUAUUACUAUACCAAUACCAUCUGUGUAAUCAUUGGCAUAUUUACCUUGUUAUGGGUAAAGAGAAAGACUACAUACUUACAGAGUUUGCCUAACAGUGCUUGGAGGGUAAAUAAGGAUUAA